AUGAAGUGGUCACUCUUGUCCGCUGCUCUCGCAGCCCUGACCUUCGCCAGCACGUCGUCGGCAAUCUCCAUCCUGCUGAAUAACGAUGACGGCUUCGGGAGUGCCCAGAUCCGAGAAUUCUACCGCUUGUUGAAGGAGAGCGGGCACGAAGUCGUCAUGGUAGCCCCCGCCGACAACGAAAGUGGCCAAGGUGGUCGAUCCGUCUUCACCAACAACAAGUCGCUCGCCGUCAACUCGGAGUUCAACCUCAUCCCCGCCGGUGCACCGUCGCUGGGCCGUGAUCCCAACGACGCCGACAUCUGGUAUUACAACUGCACGCCAGCUGCGUGCACCUUUGUGGCGCUCGACUACGUGCUCCCCACCUUUUACAACAACCGAUCCAUUGACCUGUUCGUGGCGGGACCCAACUUCGGCCUCAACCAGGGCUACUUUUUGUACACUCUCUCCGGAACCAUUGGUGCUACAUAUGCUGCCAUCGGGCGUAACAUCCCGGGAAUCGCCUUCUCCGGAGGCAACAGCGAGCAGCGAUCGUACACCUGGAUCAACAAAACCACAGCCUCUGGCUACCCCGACCCAGCCACGAUUCAAGCCCAGCUGGCCACCAAUCUCGUCAACCAGCUCGUCAAGGGCUCCCGGUCUGGCAAGCCUCUUCUGCCUCUCGGCUACGGGCUCAACGUCAACACCCCGGUCAUCACAUCGCUGACCAACGACUCGUGCGUCAACCCGCCCUUCAUCCAGACGCGGCUCGGCGGCGGCGCCACGACCGACAAGGCCGUCUACAACGCAACCACGGGCCUCUUCACGUACGCGAACCUGAUCACCGACGGCAACAACGUGUGCAUCAACGGCAACUGCGCUUUACCCGGUGAGACCCCCGUCGUGGACAACGGCUGCUACGGCGCCGUGUCCGUCUUCUCCAUCGACUACGAUGCUCCCCAGGGCCCGGCACAGCAUGGCAUCCGCGCGGCGUUGCAGCCGUUGGUGGCGUACGAGAAUCCCGAUGCGAAGAUGUUGGUGAAGGCGCGGGACUCCAUGAGCAGUAAGUCUUAG